CAGGAAGGGGCCGACUGAGUGGUCUGUGGGGGCUGUGGCAGGGGUGAGGGCUGGGGAAUGAGAAAGGGAAGGAAGGAACAGACAGCAUCGGAGGGACUUGAACAAAGGGGUAGAGGAGAUUAUAGUCAAAUCACUGUCAGCAGCCCAGGAGCAGACAAAACCACUGGAGUAAGCCCUCAAAUGCAAAUGAGAGGGAAAAGAAGCAAGCUGCUAACAGCUACCAAGAAGAGGAGGAAGUGGGAGAUGCGCUGCUUCCUGUAGAAAGAACGUUGAUUGAAGACAAAGCUGGGUGGGGACUAGUCCCUGGGCUGCAGCCGCGACUGCUGCUGCUACACAUACACACGGCGCUGCUGCCGCGCUCCUCGGGCAACUCCUACUACUGCUGGGCUGGGCUGGGCUGGGCUGGGCUGCGCCGGAGCUCGCCUGCACAGAUCGGCUCUGGAGAGAGGGGGAAAGCCACUCUCCUCUGACCAAGCCUCAGAAGCUAAGCAAUCACUGCUACGCUUUCUGUGUAUACAUUGGACUAAGAACCUCAGCCAGAUCUGCCAGUGAACCUCAGGCUGUGGGAACUAAAGAGGUUUUCUGUCUUUUUAAGUGUGUCUGAAAAAUCCAUCCAGCACUCCGAUGGCCAGCAACAACACUGCCAGCAUAGCACAGGCCAGGAAGCUGGUGGAGCAGCUGAAGAUGGAAGCCAACAUCGACAGGAUAAAGGUGUCCAAGGCAGCUGCAGACUUGAUGGCCUACUGUGAAGCGCAUGCCAAGGAAGAUCCCCUGCUGACCCCUGUCCCAGCGUCAGAAAACCCAUUUAGGGAGAAGAAGUUUUUCUGCGCCAUCCUUUAAAUCUUCAAGAGGAGCCUGAAGAGCCUCCGGGCUCCUGGGACAUUGAUGUAGAGUUUUUAGCAAAGUGGGCGCCUUUCUAGUCCACGGCAUUUGAAGAGAGCAAGGAGAACCAUCCUGGAAACUCCAGGUUAUGCAUGUUUAAAGAACCGGUCCCCUUAUGAGAAUGCAAGCCGAUCCACAUCCCAAUUUAAGAGAUCUGAUUCUGCAGAAUUGCCUGGAGGAGGGGAAUAUAUAAAAAUAAAAUUGGUGUCACUUCUUUUCUGCUAUCUCUCCCCCAAAACCUUAUGUUACUGCUUUAUAUUUAAAAAAUAAAAAUUAAAACCAACAGCUGUACUGAGUUAAGAUAUGUAUGACCUUCUUGGAAUGAAUAUUGUCUUUAGAAUACCCUUUGAUAAGCUGAGUUGUCCAGUGUAGCCACGGUUUGGUUUAAUGGCUUUGAUGUUUAGUCUUUGUGCCUUUCUUCUUUUUUCCUUCUUCCUGCCCUUCCUCUACCCUUCCCCAUGACAGUAGUGUGGAGAUAAGGCUGGAAUUGUCUGUAAGAUUGAACUCCCAGGAAGAGCCCCCAAAAUGUUUAGGGAGAUGUUCCCCGUGGUGUAUCCUCAUGGUAAUAACAACGACAAAAAAUGCCGGUUGUCUCUGUUCUCUUAUCACUAUUCCUAACAUUUGUACAUGAUAGCUUUGAUUCUGCAAGUACAAGUAAAUCAUGUGUUGUGACUGGUGCUUUCAUAUAUUUGUGACAAUUUUUGAGUAAUACUGCAUGAAAAUGUCCCUAUGUUACAUCCAUUCAGAAGUUUUAUUGUUUUGCUAAAAAGUUGGAAAAAGAAAUGAGAGGGAAAAGAUGCUGGGGAGGAAAAAACUCAAUAUUUGGAAAAUUGAGGUUACUUCAGAGCCUUAGCCACACCUAAAAUACCUCCUAGCUAAGAGUGGCGUACACGCCUCUUCAGUAUAUUUUCCAGAAUCCAAAGCAUUUUUUUGGUUAAUCCCGGAUCCAGGGCAGCACAGCUACCACCCAUCAGGAGAGUAAAGGAUUCACCAUGAAUUGGGAAGUGCUUUUGUCAUAGAGUAUAAGCAAGUUCCCUCUUUCCCUGAAUCAUCGAAAUUCUAGAUUGAAAGAACACUUUCUGUACUCUUAAGAAAACCAUGGCCCUUCUUUAUUCACGUAUCAGGAGAAAUAAAUCCACAGCUCCAGAGGAGGUGACCCCGUCUUAGAAGGCUGGCUGUUCGCCUACCAGGGAGGACCCCUGCUAGCCACUCUCUGGGCGGCAGGUGGGGAGCCCACAGCUGGCUCCACCAGAAAGGGUUCUGGCGCUUUUUCUCCAUGGAGAUGGUCUUGAAUUUUCACUCAUCAAAAUUUCAAUAGAAUCUUUUCUUUGUUUUUGUUCUCCAUCUUGUUUGUUAGAGUCUCUCAGUCUUUAUUUACAACUCCCUGCAGAUAGAUCUCUCUCUUGCCAAGAUAUGAUAUUGAGAGUGAUUUCUCAUUGCAGCUGGAGCCUCCAUCAGAAAUGUCAGGCCCUGAAAGCCUCUAUCAUUUUUUCUGUGUCAUCCCUAGUCAAAGAGGGUCUCUCUUACAUGUUGUUUGCUUUCAAAUCCCAAAAGACCAUUUCCCAAUUAAUUUUAUGCUCCUCUCACCCCUUUCCAUUCUCUUUCUCCUGUUUUUUUGUUUUUUUUUUUUUUAAAAAAAAGCACACACAGACAAAAACAGAAGUAUGAAAAGGGAGGGAAAAAGAAGAUAAAAAGACUUAAUAUGCCAAGGACAGAUUUUUGAAACAGACUUGGUCAAUGUUUUCCUUACCUCCUUUAUGGGCAUGCUGGUGAGAGAAUAAGUGUUUCCAAUUAAAGCUCACGCCUGGGGUGGGAGAGAAGAGGAUAUUGAAACAUUUGUGAAAUGUAUGAAUAUACUUCUGUAACCAGAUGCUUCUGUUCUUCUGUUCAAAUUUUGGAAUUUUGUAACAGUCAGUGAAAUACUGAUAAAUAUUUAGCGGGAAAAACCUGGCAGAGAACUUAUUAAACUAUAGUAUUUUACAACUAGCUUAGUAAUACUGUGCAAUCAGCUAAAACCAUAUCACAUUUUUAAAAUGAGCCAAAACAUGAAUAUGUAGUCACAUGAAAACGACUGUGAAUAAAGCACUCUUAGGUGGUGAUUAAGGCAUCAUUAGAAGGCCCAGAUGAUUUUCAUAAUCCACAGCAUUUCUUUUUCUCAGAAGGACUACAUUUUCAUGUUCCUUAAAAGUUAAGGAAAUCCCAAACUGCAUGUCACCACGCUUAUAAAAGGAGAGAGGAGGCAGAAAAUACAUAGCCCAUCUGAAAUUAAGUUCAAGGAAAAUGUUGUGGACUUUUUAUAAUUUAAUGUCUUACAUACAGUAUAGAAUUAUAAUACCAAAAUCUUUAUAUAAGUUUUGGCUUCAUGGUAUUUGUACUUAUUCAGGGGAAAAAGUCUUUUGAUUACUUAUGCCUCUAAAGAGUUUAAUUCCUUUAGAAAUUCAACAAUCAUUUUCACCAGCACAAUUUUAUCUUAAAGGGUAACUAAUAAAAAUUCAUCUUAAUUAUUUAAGGCCCUAGUCUCUAUAGAGAAUAUAUUGGUUAGUAAUGAAAACCUGCCACGGAACUAGUUAAUAAGCAGUAACAAUAAACUUCAUAUUUAGAAUGCAAACUCUGUAAGGAAAAAAAAUCUUACAUCAUCCUCAAUAUUAACUUCAGUUUAAAAGUUGUUAUUUUUUUUAUUUGAAACCAAGCACUAUUUAAUUUAAAUCAGAGGAUGCAAAUUAGUACUUUGAUCUGAAUCUGAAUUUGCUAAUAAUAUUUGAAAGAGAUUGCCUACCAAGGAAAAAUUAAACAAUGAAAACUAUUUCUCCAUACACUCAUACUCACAUUAGGAAUUUUGAGAAAAAGCAUGCUAUCUUAGGGAAUUUUUAUACUUUUUCUUUCUUUUCAAAUAUUUGUUUCUAGCUGCUCCUGGCAAUGAUGAAUUGUUAACUUAUAUAUUAAUGUCUCACAGCCCAAGAAUUGUUCACAUUUUUCCUAUAUGAGAUCUAUGGUGUGUGUAUUUCAAAGAGAGGGAAAUACAGAAAUGUUAAAGCAAGAAAACCUGAAUGUGAUGUGCACGUUUUCAUCCCCCAUGGACAAUGUAUUUGUUUUAAUAAAUGGAAUUUUCAGAUUCA